AUGGCUUACCAGUUCUUUGCUAAAGGCAGACCGUCUGGUCCUUCUGCUAAUCCUACUCCUGUCGCCUCUCCUCCUCCAUAUCGCAGAAGUCCUUCUAUUCAUCCACCGCCAGUUCAGCCGCCUCCUGCUGCCAGGAAGACCAGAUCAAAUCAGGCAACCCAGGACGAGUACACGCCCUAUCCGCAUGUCAUUCUCGCGGGCUAUGCUACUCCUCACCCGCAUGUCACGGUAGAAACGGUUGGUACCGGGCAUAUACCAUCUCUGGCGCGCAUUACUGGGCUUCUCCUCCCAAUCCGCUACCCAACCUCCUUCUAUACAGCCACUAUCACGGACCCUGUCAUCGCGUCUCUAUCACGCGUCGCGAUCUAUCAUGACCACCCAGUCGCCGUUGUACCCGAGUCCGGUGCCUCCGCUGGGACAGAUAAAGUGAUCGGGGGUAUUCGCUGCAGGUUGGAGGGACCGCAUCCGACACAAGAAACACAAGACCAGGCGACAAAUCUCUACAUUCAGACUCUCCACCUCCUCUCGCCCUACCGUGGCCAAGGCGUGGCUGCAGCGCUACUGAACGCGCUGCUGUAUAAAACACCGCCAACGAAUGAAGCAUGCGGUCACGUCUCUGAGUUAGUUAACCACUACAAUAUUCGGACUGUGACGGCGCACGUCCACGAAGCGAAUGACGAAGCUCUCGCGUGGUAUCUUGCGCGCGGGUUUACGAUUCAAGAUGGUGUCGUGGAAGGAUACUAUCGGCGACUGAAGCCCUCUGGGGCGAGGAUCGUACGGCUGGAUCUGCCCUAUGAUGAUGCACAGAAGAGUCUUGACCGAGAUGAGCUCAAGGGGUGUCCAAAAAGCUCACCCCAAGAUGAAGAUUGGGAGAAGGUCGAAGCAGAAGAUGGAGAAGAGGGUGACCAUGGUGUUCAGCUUCUGGGUGACUCGCAAGAGGAAACCCCCUCAAGGAAGCGCAAGGCCGAGGACGAGAAGGGGAAUCAUCCGCAGCGCCGGUGA